AUGCUUAGAUUAGCUAAAAAUUAUAAAGUAGAGUAAGGAAUUACUGGAACAUAUUGGGUUGAUAUAAUCAGUAAAAUUUUUGAAUAAUCUGAGAAAAAUUAAGAUAUUUCCGCUAAAUUUAAGAACUGUGAGAGAGUAAAUAAGCUAGAUGAAGACGAAAAUAAGGAAUUUUUUUCUCUUUUGUUUCUACUCCAUCUCAAUCAUUAAGAAAAGCUGAACAAAAUGAAGAAUUUAAUCAAAGUAAUGCUAAUUAAUUAAGAUUAAAAUUAUAAAAGACUUGAAUUUGUAAAAGAAGCGCACUCUUGGACAAUCAGAUGGAAAAUAGUUUUGUUUUCUGAUGAGAUGAUUCUCAAAAAUGGUAAAAUUGGUACUAAAUGUUUAUGGUACUCCUCUUUAAAUACUAUCUAAAGCGAAGAUUGUUAUUAACUUGAAAAAUAUCCCUAAUAAUAACUUUAUUUAUGGGAAAUUUGUGCUGUAAUAAUUAUAGUAAAAUCUUACAAAAUUUUAUCAAUUAAAUGGAGAUUGCUUCUUUCAAGACAGACUCUUUUACAAUAGAAAGAAUUUGGGCUACUUGAAAGACCAAAUCAAUGGUAUUGA